AUGGGUCGUGUGUACUACUGGACUGAGGUAGAGAUGUGUCCCAAACGAGAACAGCUUAAGGAAGGCAUGAGACGUCUGAUAACUGCCAUUCAGAUGUUUCGAACUGCUCUGGUUAGCACCAGGGCGUACUUUACCCAGACGGUCUAUCCGACUCCUGCUGAGGGUCUACAAGCUCAUCAUCAGCUUGUCUUCCAGACGUCUGUCGCUCUCCACACUCAAAACCGUAUAAUCUCCCAAGCAGCCAAACUAAUCCGCUAUGUUCGUCGUACACACUUUGACAAGCAUAUCCAAAAAUGGGAUGACGAAGAUCUCAAGACUCUUUCGAUCGAUCUUCAUGAGCAAGUCACUGACUGCACUAAGGAGAAUCAAGAGAUGUUGGACGAGAUGGGGACCAAAUUUUCCGUUCAAAUCCGUUACUAUGAUGCGAAUGGAAACGAGGAAGUUGGUGUCAAUCGACAUUCUAUGGAUACCAUUUUGGAAAAUGGAAUGCAUGAGAGGCGAGUUGAUAAUCUUACGACUGAAUAUAGAUUUUGA